AUGUCAUCACAUUCAGGUUCAGAGUCUGAUGAUUACGAUGACUACUCAGAUACAGAGGAUGAUACAGAGCCAACAUCAUGGAAUAAGCUAAAGGAUGAUGGUUGGCAAGAGUUCUUGGUCGACGAGAAUGCCUUCUUCGUACCACCUUCCAACACCACCACCACACUGCUACCAGGUGGCACUGUUGCUCAGACUCAGACCGGAGGAUCAGCAGCUCCCCCUGUGGCCACCACAUUGGUCAUCGAAGACAACGCAUUCAAGGAUCCACUGGGCAUACUAAGGAUACCACCACGCAAAUCACACGGUGUCAAGAGUCAUCUGAUAUCACUCGAGUCUGAGCAGUUUGACCCUGUCAUCUUCCUCUCAGAGGUACACUCUCAGACCAAGUUCACUGAACUCUCUGUUGGAUUGAGUAAGCUUAAAGAGGCCUCAACUUCAAAGGACCUAGAGAUCAAGAGUUUGGUCAAGGACAACUUUGAGCACUUUGUCAAGUGCAAAGACACUGUAGAUCUCGUCUACAACCUAAUCACUGGUAGUGCAAUGCUUCAAGAUAUCACUACAUCCUUCACAGGAAUCAUUGACAAGUCGUCGAUUGUAUACAACCCACUGCUACAGGGUAAACAAGAAGCAGAUCACAUUCGCAAGGUACUGGCUUUGUUGCACAAGUAUAAGUUCAUCUUCAAGCUCCCUGGUAAGAUUAUCGAGAACAUCAAACAGGGAGAGUUUGACAAGAUCAUUCACAACUACAAGAAUGCCAAGAGUUUGAUCGUCACCAACAACAAGAAGGUCUUUCAGAAGGUGUUGCUGGACAUUGAGCGUAUCAUUGAAGACUUUAGAGGACAGCUUUAUGCUUCACUGCGCGACCCCCAGUCCAAGCCAGACUAUCUGAAGAAGGCCAUUCGAACACUGAUGGAGAUUGGCAAUGGCAAGGGCGAAUGGCAGAACGUUGGUGAUCCCUGUUGGUACUGUCUAUCAAACAAGCACAAGGCAAUCACAACUCUUAUCAAGCAAUGUUAUGAUGAUUCAUCACUGCCCAAUCACAAGAGGAUCAAGAGACUUUCCAUAUUGUUGUUGUCAAACAUUCCCAACCAGUACAAGAUGGGUCGCGCCUAUGUUGAGGGUCGUUUCGACAUCAAGGACUCUGAGAUCUCCUCUACAAAGUCAAACGCAGCUGCACAGCUCCUACCAAAGGCAAAGGCCAAGGAGGCCAAGAGCAUCAUUGUCGUGGUGCACUAUCUUGACGAAACUUUCUCCAGCUACAAUAUCACUGCUGACACUAGGGUCAAGGACCUGAUAGCUAUGUGCAUGAAGCGUUUCGUCGACUCAGAGAGCGAAUACAGCAUGUACAAACUGUCCGAGAAGAAGAGCAAGGGUGAUGGCAUCACAUUGAUCAAGUUGGUGGAGCUCGAGUCUGAUGGUUCACCCUACAAACUACACAAGAAGUGGGUGGACAAGCGUCACAAGUUCUUGUUCAAGAAGAGAAACGAGGAGUUUUCUAAAAACUCACAAGGUAUCCAUGUCGUUCAGAAGGAUUUGAACAGCUCAUUCAGGUCCCAUCGCAAGCAGUUCUCUGCUGCCACAUCAGCAAUGAAUGAGGAGCACUUUAAGAAGCUGGUCAUUGAACUUCUUCAACUCUACUCGACAAAGGUGGAGGACCUUUUCUUCAAUGAUGACGACGAUCUAGCAGUGGGCGGCGACCAGACCUCCAACAUGGUGGAGAACGUCAAUGAGGUUAUCAAAUGCCUUGAGAUGCUGGUCGGACUCGGAAUGCCAGACAUCUAUCUCCAAUCAAUCAAACAGUUGGUGGACUCGUUGACUAUGCACUUUGUCAACAGGAUAUGCUCAGAGAUGAUUGGCGAGGUGUCAUUCCUCUAUCUAUUGGAGGAUUGGAGCACCAACGACAAUGCCCAAAGCGUUGUCCUGUCAAAUCAAGUGGACGGAAUGAUCACCACCCGUCUUUUGACCGAAUUCUUUGACACAAUCAGAUCCAGUCUCGUCAAGCUAUCGGUUCUGGCGACCAAUCCCUCCCUAUUGAAACAUAUCGAAAAGGCUCUUUGUGAGGCGAUUGAGAGCUUUGGUGAUUGUCUGCAUCGAUUGGCAUUCGAACAAGAGACUCCAAAACCUUUGGUCGACAUUGACGAGAGUAACACCAACAACAUCGACAACAACAACAAUCGAGAUGAGGAUGCCCCCAAGCAGGAACAGAUAACAUCAUCCAAGAAGAUAUUGCUUUGUCUCUCCAACUGUUCAACGGUAGUUUCCAAGACAGCCAUACAACUUCGCGACUACUAUGUAUCAUUAUUCCACCACCCAUGCUCCAAGAGGAUCAAGAGAGUGAUUGAAAAACUUGGCGUCUUGGAGAAGAUGAUCUUUGAACAAUACCUCCAGGAGAAGAAUAUAGAGCUUGGUGAGCUCGUGUCGAACGGAAUGCUCUACUCUGGUAUCAAUUGGCAGAACCAGAGUGCACCAACCAAGGUCAGCUCAUACGUCAUUAUCAUUCUCACCAAGAUCGUCUUUAUUCACAGCGAAGUGAUGCAGACCAUCAACUCGCUGGAGGUCACCAGUGGCAUCAUCAUGAGGAUACUCGAGUUCCUUUUAACUGCAUUCCACUAUAACUUCCUCAAGUUGGACGCAACAUUUAUCUCAUCCAAUGGGCAGCUACAGUAUUUAUUGGAUGUACAGUUCAUCGAACGAGUGCUGGCACCAUUUGCCAAUGAGAAUACGCAACGCCUUUCAGCAUCGAACAAGAAGCAUAUACUGUCUAUGAAGAAGAGACCGGGAGGUAGGUUCAACUAG